AUGCCAGCCCGGACGAAAUUCACCCCCGAACUCCUAGUCACCGCUCCAAGAACCUCGGAAGCAGUCCCGAAUGAUAACGGAAAAUUCGCGCUCUACACCGUUUCGACGUACGAUCUCGCAACACACACCAGCUCUACAGAUGUCAACAUACUUGACCUGGGAACAGGAAAGUCGAUUCGAUACAGCAACAACCCCAAGGAAAGUUCGUUCCGUUGGCUGCGGGGAUCGUCCCUGCUGUGGGAGAGGGAGGGCGAGAAGAGCAAGGAUACAGAGCUGUGGAUUGGCGAUGCUGAUAGCACUAUACGACCCCAUCUCGCCGGUUCCAUCAACGCGAAGUUGAAGGAUGUCAGAACUAAAGUCUUGGACAACGGGGACAUUGCCCUUGUCUUCACCGCGCCGGCGGAUGCCGAUCAGAACCUAUAUAACACAGCAAAGACCGAGAAACCGCCGACGACUGCGCGUGAAUGGGCGCAUAGUCGUCCCAGAAGCUGGGAUACCUAUGUCGACCAGUAUCGCUCGGUCAUUUGGUUCACGGUGCUGAAACUCAAUGGCGAGACCAAGAGAUGGCAGCUGUCUCCGGCUGGCCCAAUAAAUGCGCUGCGAGAUACCGGGCUGGCGGUGCCCCUCUAUGCCGACUCGUCCAGCUCCGCGGAGAUGAGCAUCUCGACAUACGGGAUUCUCUUCGCCACAAGCGAACCCGGAAACACAGAAUGGAUCGAAACGCAGCGGUCGCUGUAUUUUAUCCCAUUGUCGACGUUCGAGGAGACUGAACUGCCGCCCCUAAGAAAGAUUGGUGUUCCAGGUCAUGCCAACGUGGUUUCGACCCCGACCUUCGCGCCCAAGGGCCCGCUUGCUGCGUUUCUUGUGGACCAGGACCGCGAGGAGUGGUCGCAUAAGACAAUAGGUCUCGUGGACGUCGACACUAUGAGCAUUGUCCUCCUUCUGCGGACGGUCAAUCUUGCGGACAGGAGUCAGUGGGACGUCUUCCCGGACGCGAUUUUGUGGGCGAACGAUGGCACCAAUUUGUAUCUGACGGCCAACUCUCAAGCUCGGGCUCGGGUGUACCAGGUGGGUGUUCCGCCAUUUUCCCAGGAGAAGCGUCAAACUGUCAUCCCCAAGGAGCUAAGCAUCUCCGGCUCGGUGUCCGCACUGUAUCGUCUCAGCGAAAUCGACACCGAGACCCGCCUACUGGCCACGUCCUCGUCGUUCAUUGACCAGGGGCUAUUCUCAAUCGUCACGCCCCUGACCAGCAACGAUGACCAAUCUGAAAACAGCCAGGUUAUCUACACUUCCUCUAACCACGGCGCCUACUUCGGCAUCUCCUCUAAGCAAGUCGAAUCCAUCACCUACCCCGGCGGACCUGACGGCGAGACCCCCGUGCAAUGUUGGAUCCUGAAGCCCUCCGAGUACGACCCGACCUCCGUCAUCAAGCACCCGUUGUUCAUCCUCAUGCACGGCGGCCCCAGCUCCGCCAUGAAAGACGCGUGGACCUGGCGGUGGAAUGCGGCUCUCGUGGCAGAACAGGGGUACAUCGUUGCGAUCCCCAACUUCACAGGCUCGGAUUCUUUCGGGCGGGAAUUCACGCGCGCGGUCUCGCGCCAAUGGGGCGGCCACCCCUACCAUGACAUCGAGCGCUGCUUCCGCUGGGUUGAAGACAACCUGUCCACCAAAUGCGACACCGACCGGGCCGUGGCCGCUGGCGCCAGCUACGGCGGCUACAUGGCCCUGUGGGUGGCGGGUCAGCCGCUGGCCAAGAGGCUGAUGGCAAUCGUGUGCCACGACGGGGUUUUCGAUGUGGUCGCCGAGCUGCUUGGGGACGACCUCGCGCAGAAGGAGGAGCUCACCCGCUCGUUCGGGUCGCCCUACUUCACCGAUGCACCCUCGGCGGAUGGAGACCCACCCAGCGCAAAGGAAUUCUGGCGGAAGUGGAAUCCCGUCGAGUAUCUCACGAAUUGGUCGACGCCCAUGCUCAUUAUCCACUCCGAUAAGGAUUUUCGGUGCCCCAGUACAGCGGGCUGGGCGGCGUAUGCCGCGUGCCGAUUGAAGGGGAUUGAGACUCGGCUGCUGAAUUUCCCGGAUGAGAAUCAUUUUGUCCUCAGUCGGGAGAAUAGUCUGGUCUGGUGGAAUACUGUCAUUGCGUGGUGUAACAAGUUCGUGGGAAUUUCAGGUGGGCCGAAGCUGGAGCCGGCGCGUAGUGAGCCCCGGUGGCUGCGAGAAUCGAAGACGGGGAGGAUUGUCAAUGUCUAG